GUAAGACUUAGAGAAAUGUACCGUCCAUCUUAUUUUUUACAGAGGUUUGUCUCGCCGAAAGAAGGCAAGGAUGUUAUAUUCAACUCAAAGAAGGGAAAAACAAACUGCGAUCGACGUGAAAACAUGUCGGGCGAGGAAGCCAAAACAUUUUAUGAAACCGUCCUGUCUUCACCUAGUUCUGAUAUGCAACGUACUUUCGCUUUAAAGACCCAUACUGGAGAACAAGAUAAUUCAAAGAAGAGGAGAAGUAACAAACUGAAUGCCUUUGAUAGUUCAUCAACUCAAACUGUAGGUGAUUUGAACACGACAAAACCUCGUCUUAGAAUUAGAUCAAGAUCUCAGAAACUGCCUGUACCUUCCUCCCCGAAUCACAGGUUAGUGAACAAGUUUUUGAAAAAUGCUCAGGAAGGAAAUUUAAGACAAGUCCAAGAACUCCUAUCGGAUAAUAGUAGUAUAGAUAUCAAUGUGUGUGACCAAUAUUCCUGGACUGCCUUGAUGUGCGCUUCGCAUGAUGGCCAGAUUCACAUUGUUAGAUAUUUGUUGGAGAAAGGAGCUUUGUGGAGACGUCACAAGGAUUUACAGGGAAGAACAGCAUUAGACCUGGCUAAACUUGCUGGCCACUUUGAUGUGGUAGAACUUCUUAAAUCCUUCAGUGGUCAGGCUAAAUCCAAACACAACAAAAUCCGCAAAGAAUCAUGCCCUUCCAAAAACAAUAAGACAAAAUUCUGGUGUUCUAUAUGUGAGCAAGAGUUUACAGAUGGUAUGAAGAUACAUGAGGGUUCAACCGUGCACUUGUUUAACAUACAGCGCAAGCCUCAAAGAACAUUUUACUAUAUACCAGAAGGCAAUGUUGGUUAUCAAAUGAUGUUAAAGUCUGGUUGGAAUGAAGACCAAGGUUUAGGUCCAGAUGGAGUGGGACGGAAAUACCCAGUUAAGACAGUCCUCAAGAGAGAUCGGUUGGGGUUUGGAAGCAAGGGAAGUCAACAAGCAAGAGUUACACACUUCGGUCCAAAUGAUCACAGCGCUGUGAAGAGCAGAAAAGUUCUGACCAAAGAGGGAGAAAAGAAAGAAGUUACUGGUAGUAAGAAAAUGAGAAGAUGGGAAAAGCUAGCCAAAGAAAAGAAAGAGAAGAACUGGGAGAGAAAUAUGAGGAUAUAUAUGAACUCAGAAUAAGUUUUCUAUUGACCUUUUUCAAUAACAAGACCCCAAAAUGGUCAAAUUCCGGAAAUAAAUGAGGGGAAAAGAUGCUAUAAACUUGCUGUA